ACUCCUUUCUGCCCAUUCUUCCCUCCUUACCCACUUUCUUCAUUUAUGGCUCUCUGAACCUGUCCAUUCCUUUUUAAUUCUAAUAACAACACCCUUUUCAGCACUUCACUCUUAUAAUAUAUAUUAUUAUCAUCUCCUCUCUUCUUAUUAAAGAGUUCCGUUCCUUUUUAUUUUUCAAAAAUAAAAAUAAAAAUGUGGGCUCUUUUUCUUGGAGCAUUGGUUAUUAUAGGCAUAACACAUUGGGUUUAUAGAUGGAGAAAUCCUAGUUGCAAUGGCAAACUCCCUCCAGGUUCAAUGGGUUUCCCCCUUCUGGGUGAGACCCUUCAGUUUUUCUCCCCUAACACCAAUUCUGGAAUUCCUCCUUUCAUCAAGCAGAGAAUGAAAAGGUAUGGACCAAUCUUCAAGACCAACUUGGUUGGACGACCAGUUGUAGUAUCAACGGACCCUGAUCUUAAUCACUUCAUCUUCCAACAAGAGGGGCAAGUGUUCCAAAGCUGGUACCCAGACACAUUCACAGAAAUCUUUGGGCGACAAAAUGUUGGCUCCUUACAUGGGUUUAUGUAUAAGUACCUUAAGAACAUGGUGCUCAAUCUGUUUGGUCCUGAAAGCCUUAAAAAGAUGCUCCCAGAACUUGAACAAACAACGUGCAGAACAUUAGAGCAGUGGUCAUGUGAGAACAGUGUUGAAUUGAAGGAAGCAACAGCAAGGAUGAUAUUUGAUUUGACCGCGAAAAAACUCAUCAGUUAUGAUUCAACAAAGUCCUCGGAGAAUUUAAGGGAAAACUUUGUUGCAUUUAUCCAAGGACUCAUCUCCUUCCCCCUAGACAUUCCAGGAACAGCUUAUCACAAAUGCCUGCAGGGUAGGAAAAGGGCAAUGAAGAUGCUGAAGAACAUGCUGCAGGAAAGACGGAGAAUGCAAAGGAAAGAGCAAACAGAUUUCUUUGACUAUGUUGUUGAAGAACUUAAGAAAGAGGGAACAAUCCUCACUGAAGCGAUCGCCCUGGACCUCAUGUUUGUGCUCCUCUUUGCAAGCUUUGAAACCACUUCUCUCGCUCUCACUUAUGCCAUAAAAUUACUCUCGGACAAUCCCGUAGUGCUCAAGCGAUUACAAGAAGAACAUGAAGCCAUCCUCAAACAACGUGAAGAUCCUAACUCCGGAGUCACGUGGAAAGAAUACAAAUCAAUGACAUUCACAUUUCAGUUCAUAAAUGAAACCGUGAGACUCGCAAAUAUUGUUCCAGGAAUCUUCCGAAAGGCACUGAGGGAAAUUAAUUUUAAGGGAUAUACGAUACCAGCAGGUUGGGCAGUGAUGGUGUGUCCCCCGGCUGUGCACUUGAAUCCAGCUAAAUAUCAUGAUCCCCUUGCUUUCAACCCAUGGAGAUGGGAGGGAGUGGAACUACAUGGUGCCAGCAAAAAUUUCAUGGCUUUCGGCGGAGGCAUGAGAUUUUGUGUUGGAACGGACUUCACUAAAGUUCAGAUGGCUAUGUUUAUUCAUAGCUUGUUAACCAAGUACCGGUGGCGACCCAUCAAAGGAGGAAACAUCCUUCGAACUCCUGGUUUACAGUUUCCAAAUGGCUUUCACGUCCAGAUCAUGGAAAAAGAUCAAAGGAAGCAGGAACCAGAAUAUACCACUACAAAUUAGAAACCAAAACUCCGCAAGAGAGACUCAUAUGGUAGAAUUUUAGGCUUCACAUCUUCCCAGACACAAGGCAAUGUAAUUGUUAUGGAAGCCAGAAAAGUAACCAUAAGGGUCUCACUCAGUUUUGAUUAGGUCUCUCAAAAGUUGAGCUUUUAUUAGAUUUUCCUCUCAAUAUACUACAGGGUUUUUUGAAAAACAUGGGUUGAAACCAAAAUAUGACGUGUCUUACCUUGCAAAAAGACAGUGAGGGAGAAGGGAAGGAAAGUUGUACUUUGCUAACAAGUGGUGUAAAUGUUUCAGAUUAUAUCCUGAGUUAAUAUACAAUUUUCUCUUUCAAAGUCACAAUUUUUACUGCUUCCAAA